AUGUUUACCUCCUUCCACGCAAUGAUACCCUCAGACGCUGAACUUGCUUCUCAAGCACUCACCGAGGAGGGCAAUUAUCGUUUUCCAUCAUUCUCAGCAUCUGACGCGGUCACGCUUGGUUUGUCUCUACGCAAACGCUUCCGUGCGUCCUCUCGACAUUCAAAAGGCAAAGGCCUCGUCAUCUCUAUACAAACUAUCGCGGGUCAUACAUUAUUUGCGUGUACCGUGGGCGACCUUGGUCACCCAGCCGGUGUUGGGGAUGUUAGUUUGAAUAGUUGGACAAGUGUGGAAGGCAUGGUUGAAGUCGUGAGGCAGACUGGCCAUUCGAGUUAUUAUGUCGAGAAAAGCAUGAGCGCCAUGGGCAAGUCAGCACAACAGCUGGGAAUCCAAGGGGACUAUAUUAUUCACGGGGGAGCGUUCCCGAUCUGGUUGGAUAAUGCCCAUUGUUGUCCUAUUGCUGUUGUUGCUUGCUACUCAGGUUCAAGCCAAGAAGACCACCACCUUGUGGUAACAACUGUACGGGACUAUCUUCACAAAAUCAACAAGUCAGAAGGUGCACGAAUGUCAGCCUCAUCUGCUCUUGGGACAGAAAUGCAUGCGCCUCUCCCGUCUGUACCAAUCCGGGAGAGCACGGUAAGCUCAUAUCAGCGAGUCGAGGUUCGCCAGUUCAUUAGCGAGUAA